AGGAUGACUGCGGAGGCGCAGCGGCGAGUGGUGCUGGAGUACCUGCGGGCCGUCAUGCAGAAGCGCAUCUCCUUCCGCAGUGCAGAGGAGCGCAAGGAGGGUGCGGAGAGGAUGGUCCGGGAGGCCGCGCAGCUCCGCCUCCUGUUCCGGAAGCUGGCCUCGGGGUUUGGUGAGGAUGCAGAUGGGCACUGUGACACCAUUGUGGCCAUCGCGGAAGUUAUUAAGCUGACGGACCCGUCUCUGCUCUACCUGGAAGUCUCCACUCUGGUCAGCAAAUACCCAGAUAUCAGGGAUGAGCACAUUGGCGCACUUCUGGCCAUGCGAGGGGAUACCAGCCGGGACAUGAAGCAGACCAUCAUCGAGACGCUGGAGCAGGGCCCGACGCAGGCAAACCCAAACUAUGUGCCAAUCUUCAAGGAGAUUGUGGUUCCCAGUCUGAACGUGGCAAAGCUCCUCAAGUAGCCUGUUGGGCCACAGCCUUGUUGCGAUGCUGUGCCCGUCACCCCACCCCCCCCCUUGUGUGGCGGCCAGAGCAACACGAGACCCAGGACAUGCAUGCCUUCCUCUCCCGGUGUCGUGCUCAGGGCUUCUUGAAGAACAAGCACUCUGGGGGCCGUGGUUCUGCUGGUUUUCUCACCUUUUCGUAAUGUCCUUUGUGAGGCAGGCUCUGGUGUGAGGGGCCUCGUGGUGCCUGUCCCCCUUAACCCCUGGGUCUUCCCUCAUUUCUGCACAGUGUAAACACUUCCAAAACUCUGCUGUUCAAUAAAAGAGUCUAACCUCCUGCAGGGAAAUGAAGACUUCCGGGUGUGAAGGUUUUCUUAC